UUACAGUUAAAACAAAGCCAUGGACCCUGAGUACUUUAAAUCUCAUGAGAUGUCUUGGGGUACCCUUGGAACAGUGCGACCCUUCUCCAAUUUCCACUCCGACCUGGAUGCGAAGGAGAUCCAGACAGCGCUGGACAAAAAAGAUGCAGGGACUCUGGUGAGGAUCCUAACCAAUCGGACCAACGCUCAGAGACAAGAGAUCGCCAAGUCCUUUUUAGAAAUAACACAAAAGGACCUGGCAGCUGGUUUGAAGAAGGCUUUGGCUGGAGAACUGGAGACUCUGCUGCUGGAACUGCUGAUGCCUCCUCUGCAGUACGAGGCUUAUCGUCUGCAACAGGCCAUGGUGGGUUUAGGCACAGAUGAGGAAACACUACUGGAGAUCCUGUGUACAAGAUCUGGAAAGAAGCUUCAAGAAAUCAGUGAUGCAUACCAACAAAUUUAUAAGAAAGACCUGGAGAAGGAACUAACAGGAGAAACCAGUGGAGACUUUACUAAGCUUCUUUUGGCUUUGUUGAAUAAAGGUGAAGUUGUUGGUGGGAUUCGGAGAGAUAUUGAGUCUCUGUCUGCGACAUUGAAUGGGAAGAAAGCUGACGCAGGACCUUGGAUUGACAUACUGACCUUUCGAGACUCAGACCAUCUUAACAAAGUGCUGAUGGGACUGGAGCUGGAGAAAGGACAGAUGAUAAAUCAGGUUCUGGAGAAAAGGUUUUCAGGAGACAUUCAAAUGGGUUUGAAAGUCUUAGUACAGUGCAUUCAAAGCCCUGAGGUCUACCUCGCCAAGAGACUAACAACCACGAAGACACCAAUAAUGCAGAGGAUAAUGGUGUCUCACUCGGAGGAAGAUCUGCUGUGUAUCCGAGCUGCUUACCUCAAAUUAACAGGCACUUCUCUCUACACUGCUCUACAGCAGAAACAGUUCAAAGGAGAUCAUCUACAGGCUCUGCUGGCCAUCUGUCGAUCUGAAGAUUAAACAAAAGCUACACAUUUUGAAUAGCUACGUUUUUUUAAAUUAAUUUACAUAGUUUUUUUUUCUCCCUGAAUCAGUGUAUGGCAAUGUAAAAGUAAACAUUAUGCUUUAUUGCU